UAACUAUUUAGAUUUCUUUCAGUCCAAAAUGUACUCUGAUGUGAAAAAUAUUUCACCAAACUGAUAGAAAUAAUUGAAAUCUCGCGCAGAUUUUCUGGAUUAAAUUCGCUCUGUCCAAAUUUCUAAUCCGUUGAUGACAUGACGAAGCUUGAAUUUUCCGUAUUGUUCGUCUCUUUUCACAUAAUUCUCGCUGUUUUUUUUGCGAUAAUUUAAAGGAAUAUCUUGGCAUUGUGAGGAUGUGGACGUAGUUGAUGUAGAUCAUCCUCGAUAUCCUUCGUGUGGAAACAUGACUCUACGGCCUUCUACCCCGGUAUGGAUGUGCUGAUCGUCUCCAUUGUCGUGUCUCUGCUAUGAAUAUAUAGCUGGUUGUCGAAUGUCGAUGCAAUCUUACUUGGAAAGCUUAAGUUAGUUUAUGUUCAUUACUUUGUUCAAUGGUUGUGACUUGAUCGUUUGUUUGCAUUAUUUUCGUUGCAAGUUUGAAUUCCACUGUUCAUUGUUUAAAUGAAGUCUGGCUGUGAUUUCAAUGGAAAUGAGUUUUAAAAAAGUACUCCAUUUUGGAACUUUUUAAAGACAAAUAGCAGAUGAAACAUUGAUGCUGCAGUGAAAGUCUAGACUCGAAAGACAACAGGUCGAAUGAAAAUCACUAGACAGAAUACCUCACGAACAGAUGAAAAGAGAACUUUUUUGUGGUUUUGAUAUAUUCUAUCGACAUGAAUGAUACUUGAUCUCCUAUACAAAACUUCUCAGAUAAGAUUUGAGUUAGUCUGCUUGUUUAUUUUUAUAUGCUAGAGGAUCCUAACUGGAUAUGUGAACCCCGGUUACAUAGAAAAUAUCAAUUGUUAAUCAACUGAAUGACUGAUUGUGAUUUCUAGAAUUAUCAGCCAGCUUAGUUUUCCAAUUUUUAACUGCAAUUUAGGAUGUCGAUGGAAAACUUAACUAUAUAUAUGAACCAGCUUUUGUUAUAAUGAACUUGUGCAUAAAUUCCUCGUGCAGGAGAUAGUAUGUUUGCAGUGUGGUGACGUAGGAUUCCGUAAUUCAUUUGUGUACUGUGUCAAAUGCCUCAAAUAUGCUGUGCAUCGGUAAGUUGCAUAAUGAAGUUUUUCCUUUCUCCCGCUAUUUCCUCAUUGAAAGUUUUAACCUCUCCAUGAACCAAAGAAAAUGAAAAUGCAGAAAUAUGAGCUUAGGUUGCAUUCAUCAUCUAUAAUUAUUAUACAUCUUCAAGCUGUUGGCAGCUGAACGUGACAUGUUACUGCUUUCUGUUUUUUUAAGCUAUUGCCUUAACGUAGUACCCAAGUCAUUCGAUGAAUUUGUUCGAUGGUUGUGUGAUGAUUGUGAAGCUGAGGUGAAAAACCAACAGCCUCGCCUAAAAAAUUACGACACUCGUAACAAAACAAGAAACUGCUCAACUUCAGAGCAUAUUCCAAGCGACUCUGGAACGGGAACGAAGGAAAAAUGUGUAGUGGUGAUCACGAUAGAAGAGCCCGCGUCUCGAUCUAAUGAUCUGUGUGCAAAGAUGGACUUGGUUGAACUGUCUGCAACUGACAGUGACUGUCACGUUGCGGGCUUGAGAAUGAUAGACGAUGCUAUCGUUCUUUCAGCAGGUGAAAGCAAAAGACGUGAGCAGAGAUCUUCCCAUUCGUACAAGGAGGAAAAUAUCGAGGAUAAUCUGGUUUUGAGUACGUUAUCGGCUGAUGAUACAUCUCGGAAAGAUUGUGCCGUGGAAAAGAGAAGUACGAGUCCAGUAUCCGACCUGAGAAAAGGCCGGGAUACACUUUGUAGUAACACCUCGGAUAGGCCUCAUAACAAAUGCACUAAUGUUGGCUUCAGCGAGCGUGCUAAAUUGGCUAGUGAAUCUACAUUAUCGGAAGAUAUGAAGGGCGUUACGGCCUCUCUGAAGAGAUAUUACGGCCUGCAUCGCAGGUCAGAUGUCAAGACUACUCCUGCAUUAUCUCGUUUCUCGUCAGACAGUGUUUCUUUGGGAAGUUCAAAGAAUAUGAAACCUGACACGCCUUCUGCAGCUAAUCUCAACAGCCACGAGCGUGAACCUCUGUCUGCUCAACGUGUCAAGAAACACAAAGGGUUCGACUCAGGAAUUCCGUCUGCUUGCAUGACUGCUGAGAGAAGGAGCAUCAAUCCAACUUGUGAUGGGUUUCCGAAGGAUUCAAAUGAUUGCCAAAUCCGAGCCGAACCAGUCAUGGAACCAAUUUGGAGGGGAAGUUUCAGUAUAUCCAACAAUGGAGAUGAAAUACUCGAGGAUAUCAUGGCUCACAUGUCUAUAUCGGCAUGCCAGAAAGUAUACAACGAGGCACGCCAGUUUAUACCACUGCUCCACCUAGAAAUGCUGCCAAGAUCUCAUGUCUGGCCACCACGUUUCGAGAGCUCAGAAUCGAGUGCUGGAAACAUCGCACUCUAUUUCUUUCCAUCUGAAAGAAGCGAGCGAUUAUAUGAUAACCUUGUUGAUGAAAUGGUGGAAGAGGAUCUUGCUCUGAAAGCCAUUGUUAAGAAUGCUGAGCUUUUGGUGUUUCCUUCGACGAAACUGCCAUUAUCACACUGGAGAUUUCAGGGCAAAUAUUAUAUGUGGGGGGUCUUUAGGGAAAAGCAGGCUCGGGAAGCAUCACGCUGUCCGUCUAGUUACAACCCGGUGAUGCGUAGAGAUCGCAUGGACGAAAAUGGCGUUGUUGAAACAAAUUUUGGAGGGGAGAGCCCCAGUACUCCAUUAAGCAAAUGCAGUGGUUAUAGUUUUCGUACUUGUUGAAUUGAGCUCUACUGUAAAAAUUCUUAAGAAAUGUGUAAAAUCUAUAUGAAAUUCUAGGUGAAAUAUAUUUUGGUUCUUAAGAAAUGUGUAAAAUAUACGGUUGUGAUAAAUACAAUAAUUUACAAAAUUUAAUUGUUGAAA